AUGGUGACGACGCGUAAACGCGCGCGCGCCGGUGAGGGUGACAUUGGUUUGCCAACCCCUGCAGAUGUCUCUACACCGAAAAAGAGCGACCUGCCCGCGAAACCUGCAAGCAGAGGCAUGCGCUCCGUCUCGGCCCCGCUCUCGAAUACAAGCGCCUCGAGCACCAUCUACGUCCUAGCAUUCAUCGCCGCCACGUUCUUCGCGUUCUACGCGUAUCGCACCGUCUCCACAACACUCGGGAUCAUUAAGCAAACCACGCCUUCCGUGCACAGCAACAGUUGGAGCUUAGGAUUCUUGAAAAAGCAUAGAGGGAAGGAUAGCCCAGCUGGUGGGCGGCACGAGAAGGGCAUAACAGUCGAGAGCCGUAUCGAGGAGCUGGCGAACGCGCUCGGGGUGCCAUCGCCUGAUCUCGCUAGAGCGAUUGCAGGUGCCGUGAGAGAGUACGUGCCCCCAGCGUCAUUGUCGUCGAUUUCGAAACAGGCGGAGAAGACAGGUGGAAAACAGGUUGUGGAUAGACUACUUGGGAAAGAGGAUAAGGACUCGAGUGUCAUUGGAAGCAUAGGAGAGACACUUGGGAGCGUGGUCGGCCUAGAUGAUGGGCCAGAGGGUACGUGA